UAGUGUGAGAAAAAAAACACGAGAUUAAAGUCCCCCCUUUCUCUCUCUCCCUCUCUUGUUGUAUUGGACAAUAAGUCGUAGUACUGUGAUCCAAAGAUGCAAGCUAUAUAACGUUUUAAAUCCUCUAUUAGUCAAUCCAAUGCUUGCGAGAUCGACGAAUGAGACUCAGCAAUAGACAGCUGGGAGCUGAAAUUUUGGAGAGGAUUUUGGACAGAUUCCAAUGCAAAAACAGCGGAGUUAAAAUGGCAUUUGGAUACGGAUCUGCCGUUUUUCCUCAGAAAGGCAACGAACCUUCAGCCAAUAAAAGUAAGAAAGGAAGCUCGAAUAUGGUCGAUAUCUGUCUUGUUGUUGAAGACACGAAGAAGUUUCACAAUUUUAAUCUCCACCUAAACAUGCAUCAUUAUUGCUCGACAGUUCGACUUAUUGACUUGUUUGCCUCAAGAGCACAGAGUGCGAAUUUUGUGAACAACCUGCAGCACCUGCCGUGCUCAGUGUAUUUCAACACACUUGUGCAACUAGAUGAAUGCACUGUGUUCAAGUACGGAGUCAUCUCUAUGGAGAAUCUUAUUCGGGAUCUAUCUACUUGGGACAGCCUAUACUACAGCGGUCGUCUGCACAAGCCUGUCAAAUUUGCACCCACCUCGCUUCUCUCUCCUUCUGAAGAAGAAGAGACUGUCAGAUGGAGAGGGAGUCUUCAACGGAAUCUGACAAGCGCGUGGAAUGCGGCGUUGCUCUUGCAGCAAAAAGAAAUCAAGGACAAAUCAACUUCAGUUGAAGCUAUGCCGUUGAGGGAUGUCUUCGUAGUACUUUGCGGCUUGUCUUACAACGGAGACUUCAGAAUGAUAUUGGGAGAGGACAAACAGAAAGUGGUGCGAAUAGUAGACAGCAGUUUCGAACAGCUGAAGAGUCUCUACAUGCCAAUCAUCACUUCAGACCCUCAUGUGAACUACUCGGAGUUGAUGCACUCAGAAGGUGUCCAGGUGUGUUUAUCGCCGGAAGCAGUGCAAUAUCGCAUUUCACAGCUUCCUAAGAGGCUGCAGAAAAAUUUGACAUCUUCAUAUUCUCGAGACGACAGUGGUAAAGGUCAUUCCAGUUCAAUAUCUUUAUCUGAUCUUCGGUCUAGUCUAGACAAUGAUUUGAGAAAGACUGUUUGGAGGUCGAGUGUACUGCAGAGUACGAAGAAUAUUUUCACUGCUGGAAUUCUCAAAACUCUCAAAUAUUCAUAUCAAAAACUCACUAAAAUGACUAAAAGUUUACUCUGAUUUAUAAUUAUUUUAAAACAUUUUCUGAUGCUGAUAUGAUCUUCGUUUUUGCCAAGUAC